ACCAAGUACCUCAUGUAUGAAAUACGAUGAAAAUACUAAACUAACACAAGAAGAUAUCAAAUCAAUUGUGGACAGAAUUAACUCGAGGAGAAAUUUCAUUGCAUUAGGUCGAUCAAAGAAUCUACCGGGAGCAGGAAAUAUGAGGAAAAUUGUUUGGUCCGAUGAAUUAGCGGUUUUCGCACAACGGUGGGCCGACCAGUGCGAUCCAUCAACUCAGCCGCACAAAGAAGACUAUUGUCGCAAUCUAGAAAGUAUUGAAGUUGGCCAAAACAUAGCUACGAUGUCUGAAUUGUCUUCAAACUUUAACAUUGCGAAUUUUAUAGAAAUAUGGUUUAUGCAAUCAAUCGACUACAGAACAAGCGUCACGUAUUACAAUGAGACUGAUAAUAGAACAAGAUAUUUUACGCAAUUAAUUUGGGCAAACACCGAUAGCGUAGGAUGCGGGCAGGCAAGCUUCUAUUUAGAAAAUGUACGAGUACUAAGGCUCGUAUGCAACUUUGCUCCCAAAGGUAAUGUUCCGGAAAAACCAGUAUACUUAUUUGGAUACCCUGCUACCCAAUGUCCCGAGGACAUGGUACCAGACGACAAAUAUAAGGGACUAUGUAACAAAGUACAACGUGAAGAUGAAAAGCAAACAUCACAAACACCACCUGUUAGUAGUUUACUAAGGAUCAUUAAUUUGUCGAAUAACACUGAUUUAUUUCGAAAUAACAUGUCUAAAAACAAAGUAAAAAGUCGGAAGCUAACUACGAUAUCAAUGAACAACACUCACGCUGCUGUAAAACGAUAUCCUCAACAUAACUUUUGGGAAAAGUCAAUAAAUCAAUCUAAACUUAAAGAUCACAAUUAUCGUCAAGUAGAAAAUCCCUGGCGGGUAUUCCACGGACUUGACUCACCCAAUAAUUUAAAUUUGAAGAAUAGGAAAAUCGAAUCUGGACCACAAAAAUUCGACUCUAUCUAUUCUUUAACCUCAUUCAACAAACAGGACUCUCUAAAACUUAAACAAGAGCCUUCUUGCACUAGAAAGACUAAUUUACCCUUUACAAAAAACCCUUUACGAAGUAAUUGCGAUAGGCAAAAAAUAGGUGAAUGCACAAGGGGACAUAAAAAUGAAUGUUGGACUCAAACAAGUCAAAAUAUACAAGCAACUUUGCCGUUCCAUUAUUCAAUAUGCUCUUGCGACUCGCACACUACAACCACUCAAAGAACCACAGCAUGGAUCAGUUAUUGCCAAUGCUUAAAAAAUAACCCUCAAAUGAUUUGUUCAAAUUCUCGAAGAACACAAGAUGAAUUCACAAAUGUGGUUAGUCAAAACUCUGGUACGUUCUACCACUACGAUUUAUUACCUAACUUACAUUUACGUGAACGAAUUGGACGAGAAAACGUGCAGAAUAAACUUUCAACACACGUACCAGCGAAAGAAAGACUUGAUUUAGUAGAUAUUUACAAAAGAAAAGAAAAUAAUCCUUUUUACAGGCAGGUAAUAAAACACAUUCUUGAGCUUUUCACACUAAUUCGUAUAAUUCUCAUUGCUUCAACUUUUAAUUUCAGGCAAAGACAUAAAAGAAGUGAACCGAGGUAUACAACUUUAAUGCCUUUUUGGCAAAUGGAUGAUACUCUACAGAAAAAAACAUCGCAAUUUAAAACAGCUGUUCGAUAUACGACAUUGUCAAAUAAGAAGUUGAAACACACGAAGAUGAAAACAGUAUCGACCAGUAUUGAACCUAUAACUCUAAUAUCGGUAACAACUAAUCUGAACAGGGAACUGCCUUCGAUUACAGAAAAAUAUUUAUCAUUUGAUGAGUUAAUGCAACUUCGAAACAAAGGUAUGGAUGCUCGACGUCAGGGUAUUAUAACUAAAGAAUCAACUAUAGCCCCUAUCACAAAAGAAAUAACAGCGAAUACGCCUUUUGUACGUAUGAAACAUUGUACUCGCAAACUUACUUGUACCUGGACAGUUACACAAAUGACUGACUGUAACGGCAGCGUUAUUUUUGACAAUGACCCCAGUAACCGCGGUUCACGAACACCACCAGGUUACGUUGAUGGUUGCACACGUACGUCCACAUGCACUCGUGAUUAUAUGGAUAGAAACAAACUAGUCCCAAGUACUGAAGAAACGGAUGAUGUUGUUACCACUACAGAAAUAGAUGACGAUUACUGUGAACGGCGAUCCCUCGAUGUUCGUCGUAGAAAUUCUCGAAGACAAGUAAUUUCUAAUAACAAAAAUAUAGAUAAAUUAGAACAUUUAGAUGAUUCGUUUAAAAAGAAAUUGCUAACCAGUACUUUAAUAAAUAUAGAGGAAAGAAAAGACAAAGAAACCAGCGAUUGCUUCUGCUAUAAUUUGUCUGGAAGAGCUAAAAGGGAUGAUAAUAGAAACAAAAAUUACCCAUUGAUCUACAAAAGAAUUAUGAGAAAGAGUGAAAGAAAUAAUAACGAAAAUUUGUAUUAUAGUGAGCUAUAUUAUAACGUUUUAAGAAAAAUCAGAGAAACGUGGAAGGAAAAUAAGAAACAAAAUCUAUUUGGAAAAUGUUUUUGUAAUGGAAUCCGGAAAGACGGUAAUUACUCUUUUGUGCUUUUUCUUAUGUUGUCUUGUUUUAUCAUUUUUACAUGA